UAAUUAGUUUAACUCCAUUUUUCUCAAUCUUAUGUCUGGUUGUGUCGAUACUUUUAAUUUUGAGCCAUUAUACCGUAGUUUGUGUAAGCUACCCCGUCUUAUUAUAAAUGUCUAUUUCUCUUCGUAAGACAACGUAUCGUAUUAAAGGUCACGAUAAAUAUAUUAACGAGUGAUGAAUCAUAAGUGGAAAUACCAUAUUUCAGUCCUUCACUUGCUAAAAAUUCAUUGUAACCCUGCGUCUCGAUUAACAUGUGCUGACGUUGACAUUUUCCCAUUACAUUUACAUUUAAAUCAAGCCUGAAAAAGAUGAUUCACCACUUUGUUGUUGCGAGUAUGUAAACAGAGAAGGGGAAAGAUCUCACAUUCUUGCUGCAUUUUGUAAUUGCGAAGACCUUGAUGAAGCUUUUGAUAGGUUUCUCACAAGAAAGAAUGUAGAUACUGGAAGCUGUGAAAAAAUCAUGGAAACAGCCACAGAUCGCUUACGGAUACCGUGGUGUGGAGGAGCCAAGAAAGUCCCUCCAGAUGUUGCUUGCGGCUUGGUGCUAGUGCCACUCUUCAUCCUCUUGGGCUGCAUAUCAUGGACUUUCACCUUCAUUACUUAUUUGAUUAUCUUGCCAACUGUGAUGUUUUCUAUUCAUAGAUUUUUAAGAAGAAAGGUUGUGUACAAAGACACCUCUACCUACCAGUCAGGCGACUCCAAAGACAUGAAGAAAUAUCCUAGGUCAAAGUUCUACCUCACCUGGCUUGCCUCAUCCAUUGUAGCUCUACUCUUGAUCUAUUACACACAAGCGAUUGCCUAUCUCAAGAUCAGCCCGUAUGAGAACCUGACUUUUAUGAUAUUUGUGUGGCUCUCGGGAACGUUCAUGUAUCUGGUGAGAGCCACAGCCUGUGCAGGAUUUGACCCUCCAGAAAAGAGAGGGGAUGAUGUGUAUGAUGAUGUGAUCGAGUCUGGUGCUUGGAAGAUCUGUGGAGAAUGUGAGCAGCAAGUUCCAAGAUUGGCAUCUCAUUGCCGUACCUGUGGCAUCUGUUAUUUCAUGCGGGAUCAUCAUUGUGUCUGGUUGGAUACAUGCAUCUGCCAUGUAAAUGACAGAUGGUUCAUGGGUGGUUUGUUCUUUGGGCUGAUUGCACUGUGUUAUGGCUUUCAUCUGAGCGUUACCACCGUGUGUCAUCCUCGACUCCUCAACAUCUAUUUCAUGGAUAUCCUUGUUCCUGAAACAUGUCCUGAUGCAUUUAUAGAUUUUCAGUCAAGCCUGACAACAUCUGGUGCUUGCUAUGCUCUCCUCCUUGGGAUUCUCGUGGCACUCGCUCUCCUCCAGCAGCUCGUGUGUGUUGUGGCCGGGGUGAAGUUACGGGAAUACAAACAGAGGCGGUUACUUCCAGGACAGCCUGGCUUUUCCAUCAGCAGUGCUUUCAAGAAUUGUCUGAACUUCUGGUGGAGGUGAUGGAAUUCCUCACUGUAACUGUGAAGAAAUACAAGGAGAAAGAUAUCAUGUGAUUACUAUACCAUUAUGCUAAUAUUAAUGGUGUAAAGUGCUUUAUUUGGAGUAGCGUAGUGAUGAUUUUUUCAGGUAUAGGUUUUAGUUAUGGACAGUGUUAAGGAAGUAACUUUAUUAAACUUGAUUAGAAGCUACCUGCAUAUAUUUUAUUUUGGUGUAUUUUGAAAAGUUACAUAUAUGUGUGUGUGUGUGUGUGUGUGUGUGUGUGUGUGUGUGUGUGUGUGUGUGUGUGUGUGUGUGUGUGCAGAAGUUAUUCUGUAAGGUGCCAGCUAUAUUUUGUUUAGAGAGAAGGAAAAAAAUUAUAUUUAUAUAAAACCAUUGAAGUUUGAAGAUAAAUAAGGUAAUAAAGAGGAGAGAAGGAAAUAGUUUACCAUGUUUUUCAUAAACAAAUGCAGUAUUACAUGGGGAAUAGUUAUGAAAAGCAUUAUUAUUUUCACUGUUUCCAUCAUUUAUUUUUUAUUUGAAUUGCUUAUACAUAUAUUGACUGACUUUUGUGUUAAUUCCAUUUCUCUUGCAUUAUACACUUUUGCACUAGUAGUAGCACUAGUCAUUGUUUAACAAUACAGAAGUCAGUUAGUUAUACAUAUUUUCAUUGUGUUUAAUUCAGGUGGUGUUCCAUGAGCCUAAUCAAAUGAAUUUUAUGCUAUACCAAAGAAAUUGUGUUUUCAGACAAUCAGUGGUGGCCCUGCUGCCAAGGUCUAUGAUUUUAUUAUAGUUCAGUUUCACACAUCUUGUUAAUUUCCUUUCAAAUUUUGUGUGUGUCUGUUAUAUUUGAAUGAGCUUAAAUAAAUUUUGAUUGUUAAGAGUUUGCUGUUAUAUUUAGGCUAAAUGUUAUUUUUUAUUGAUUGAGACAUUUUGUAUAAAUGUUGAUUUUUAUUGAUUGAAAAUGCAAGAAUAUCAAUAAAGAGGUAACUGUAAUUUGGAAAUUAAUGUAUUUAUUAAAAAGAAAGUUGA